GUAGGCGUAAGCAACGUCAAUCGAACAUACUCAACAACAACUUCAAUAAGGAUUAUGCAGACUCUCUUUUGGAUCUUUACGCUGAGCUUUUGCGCCUGCGCGCUUGUGCAACAUGUGGCAGCGCAACUCAAUCAAACGGAGUCGCCGCCAACGCUUGCGGAGCCGGGCAUGUGGCGACAGGCGCGUCGACGCAGCAAUCUCGCCGAUAGUUGCACCACAAAUGGUGGCGCCACGGGCACCUGUCUCACGCGCUUCAAGUGCAUGCGUCAAGGCGGCACCGUCAAUGGCUAUUGUGGCACCUACGGCGUCUGCUGUGAAACCAACAUGGCGUGUGGCACAACGACACGCUUGAAGCGCACCAUCAUCAGGAAUCCAGCAACAUUUGCCAGCGACACUUGCCAAUACACCAUCGAGGCGUUCAGCGCGAAUGUGCAACAGCUGCGCAUUGAUUUCGAGCAGUUCGAGUUGCCACAGCCGGUGGUAAGUACCACCGAUGAACGUGUGAUAGAGUGCCAGGAUUACUUUGAGGCGGGCGCCUUUAAGCUGUGCGGCGUCAAUGCCGGUCAGCAUUUGUAUUUGCCCUUCAAUGUGGCCGCUGGCAUCGAUCAGAUCACGCUGACGUUUGCGGUGCCAACGCGUUGGACUCAAACCAAUUGGCGUCUGAUUGUCACACAGCUGGAGGCGCCACAAACGUCAACGAAACAUCGAUCGACAACGUUGGGAAACUUUGGGGCAAGCACAAAUAGUUUGCAGGAUCUGCGCAACAUAUUCGCCUCACAUCAUGCCGACUAUGAGCUUUUGGCGCCAGCUGGCUGCCAACAGUAUUACACGGAGCUGACUGGCAACAUACGUAGCUUCAACUAUCAGCCAACGUUGAGUUAUCCGUACAUGCCGGAAACCAGCUACACCAUCUGCAUCAAGUCGACGCCGAGUGCCAGCAUGAUUGAAUACAGUUUCAGCAAGUUCAGCAUGUCGGUGCAGACGGACGAUGUGGAGGGCUACGAUGAGGCAUGCCACGCGACGGUGCAUACGCAGGGCAGACAGGAGGAUUAUCUGCUGAUACCGCAGUCCAUACUGGCCAAGAAUACGGCCUAUCAGCCAACCUACUACUGUGGCACCAACGAUAACCUAAUAGUGUAUGCCCAACCGCCUUAUAUGAUGCACUUCUCCAGCGAUGAUUUGACCCUCGAUGCCACACAGGAGACAGGCUUCAGUAUGACUUAUCGCCUGCGAACAUCAAUUCUCUAAAGUGACAGUGGCAAGUUGUCCCAGUUAAGUGGCCAUUAGAUUAAGCAACACAUUUUAGCCAGUGUGCAUAGCAUUUUAGCAUUUACUCGUAAUAAAGU